CCAAAAUGCAUCAAUCUCUCUUCCCCCCAAUCACCCACUCGGCCAGCACCAUCAAGAGGAGAAGAACAUCUGCAAACACACCUCCAUAGCCAAGAAAAAACCGAGCUCAAGGUUGAAGAAGACUCAAGGAAGAAGAAAGGCUUGGGAAAGAAAAGAAAAACUUAGAAAAAUUAAGGAAUUUUACCAAGGUAUUCUAGACUUCUCGAGGAAUCUAGGAGUGGCCGGGAAGUCGCCGGAGCCGCCGGAGUUUCGCCGGAAAAUUCCAAAAGUCACCGGAGUUCAAACAAAGAGGAUAAAAGCUUGUUAGCGUCAUUUCGAGGUUGAAGCUAGAGCUUACUUCCUGCACCCGUUGCUCGGGAGAUCAAUGGAGAGAAGACGUGGAUGGACUGUGGUUAUUCUUAUUGGGUUGUACGACGGUUGUCCACGUGGCACAGACGCGGUCUGGGGCGUGACAAUUAAGUGGUAUCAGAGCCAAACGAUUUCUAAACUAUAUAGUCAACCUCUCAACAGAGUUUCUAUCAAAACAGUUUUCAAUGAAAAACCAUGAGCAUAAGUUACGUUUUGUACUUUAAGAGCAUUUGGUUAUCGAGUUGCAAGUCUCUAGUUGUUAAGAUGGGCCCCUUAACAAUUGGUAUGGCAGAGACUUGAGCCAAGUUGUGUCUUGAGUACGUUUCUGUCAAUUGACAUUCAAACGAAUCUAAAGACUCAUUCCAACAUAUUCUUUCAGGAAUGGGUGGUAGUGAUAGGGCGGUUCGAGGAAAUCCGAGAGGGCGCGCACCGGGGAUAGCCGGGCAAGCCAAUCGGGGGAUAUCAAGGUCGCGUAAAAGGCGAGGUAUGGGCAAUCAAGGCCCACGAACACGAGCCACGAUGGCUGAUCACAACGUGACUGAAUUCGAGUCGUGGAACUCGGAUGAUGACUCAACUUAUCACCCUGAAAGCGAGUCAGAUGAAACUUCUUUUCAGGAAAACAGUGGAGAGGAUAUACAAAGUAUUCCUCCCGAACAUGUUAGCAAGAUGUACCGAUGGUACCAACGUGAAAGGGGAAGACAACGACAGGGAUCUCAGGAGGGACAUGUCAGAGGCGAGACCUCUCUCAUGAGGGGUCAGGGUGCUCAUAGAGCACAGGUUAGGACAGUCAGAGAUUCUGAUGGCGAAGGACCAUUCUUUAAGAUCUCGAAGUACCUCAAAGAGGCUAGAGCCUUGAUGUGCAAGCCAUUUGAUGGAACGGGGGACAUAUCGGAAGCAGCCGAGUGGAUAAAAAGGUUAAAUGAUGCAGCUGAUGACAUGCAAGUGGUCCCUGAACGAAAGUUAAGGGUAGCUACUAGAUUAUUGGAGGGUUUAGCUUCUACUUGGUGGGAAGGCACCAAGGGUAAGUUUGACGGGGUUGUCACGUGGGACAACUUCGAGCAAGCAUUCUAUGAGCAGUUUUACACCUCUUUCGAAGUAAAUCGAAAGAGGAGGGAAUAUAUCGAUCUCAAACAGGGAAAUGAGUUUACGGUGAAGCAACUGGAACAAAGAUUCCGACAUCUGGCAAGGUUUUUGCCUGAGUAUGCCGCAAAUGAGAACCGAAUGGCAAACCAUUUUUGGAAUGCACUCAAUUUGGAAAUACGCGAAAGAGCGACCUACCAAUUCAACAUGACUUUUAGUGAAGUAGUAGCCCAGGGUCUCCAGGGGGAGGAGCUUUGGAAGGAAAGGCAAGCAAGGGAUGCAAAGGAAGCACAAGAAAGAGAUCAGGCGAUCGUUCACCCUCCACGACGAGAGGGGAAGUAUGAACUUCAGAGCAAGGGGAACUCUAACAAGUCAGUUCCGUUUUUCAGUGAGAGCCAGGACUUGGUAAAUCAAAGCUCAAGCACUCGAGGCACGGGGGCACCCAAAUGCGAGAAUUGUAGGCGAAGGCACUACGGUAGAUGUCGAGAGCCAUCUAGAUGCUACUUUUGUGGAGAAACAGGCCACAUCAAGGUCCUUUGUCCUCAACGUACGCGUGAAGGAACAUCAGGAGCUAGAGGAGGGGUCACGGGGGUUGAAAACCCAACUAGGGUUGCCUCAAACAUGGUACCUUCUACAAGUCAAUGGCGAACUCGCUCGUGAAGGCCGGCAAUGGCGGAAGCCAUUUGUUAGGCCCGACUAUGGCACAAGUCCAGAAAAUACAACUUUCGGGACCGAAUGUACACUUUGGGACAUAAAGGGAUGACCUCCCACAUGGGUGGGGGCCACCCUACGAAAUUAUUCAGCAAAGUAGACAAAAGGAUGGCUGUACAAUGGUAGGAAGGAGAUGAGAAGUUGACUUGAAGUGAUAAGCAUGAAUGAGAGACAUAUGUGGACCCUUUUCCUUUAUUAUUAUUGGUGGUAUGAGCCAAAAUGCAUCAAUCUCUCUUCCCCCCAAUCACCCACUCGGCCAGCACCAUCAAGAGGAGAAGAACAUCUGCAAACACACCUCCAUAGCCAAGAAAAAACCGAGCUCAAGGUUGAAGAAGACUCAAGGAAGAAGAAAGGCUUGGGAAAGAAAAGAAAAACUUAGAAAAAUUAAGGAAUUUUACCAAGGUAUUCUAGACUUCUCGAGGAAUCUAGGAGUGGCCGGGAAGUCGCCGGAGCCGCCGGAGUUUUGCCGGAAAAUUCCAAAAGUCACCGGAGUUCAAACAAAGAGGAUAAAAGCUUGUUAGCGUCAUUUCGAGGUUGAAGCUAGAGCUUACUUCCUGCACCCGUUGCUCGGGAGAUCAAUGGAGAGAAGACGUGGUUCGUGCUUCCUCUCGUUCUAUUUUUAAAUAAUUAAAUAAUGCUCAUGGAACUAUUUUGACUUAUAAAUUAAUAGAGCCUGCGAGCUCUUGUUUUACCCUUGUGUGGGUUCUUAUUAAACACUUAUAUUCCGCUAUGUGUUUAAUUGUAUGUUGAUGUUGUUAUGUAUGUUUACUAAUCGGUUUUGGCAUAUGUAUCUAUCGGACGUCUUGUGCAAUUCGGUAAGGAUGGACUGUGGUUAUUCUUAUUGGGUUGUACGACGGUUGUCCACGUGGCACAGACGCGGUCUGGGGCGUGACAUGAAUGAGAGGAGCUGCUCAUGUAGAGGGUGGGGACUGAGUGGUAUCCCCUGUAAACAUGCUAUCAGUGCAAUAUAUAAUCAAGAUGAGGAUCCAGAAGAUUAUGUGCAUGAAUGUUACACAGUUGAAGUGUACAAGAGUAUUUAUCAACACGUGAUUCUUGGGAUAAAUGGAGAGGAACUAUGGGAUAAGAGCAACUAUAUUCCACCAUUGCCUCCAAAUUUUGGUAGAGGAGUAGGUAGACCAUCCAAAGCAAGAAGAAAAGAACCUGAUGAGCCAACAUCUCAAAAGAAGAAAAAGUCUUCUUCCAAAACCAUUGUUAAGCUAAAGCGGAAACAGAACACCGUUAAGUGUAAAAAGUGUGGUGUUGAAGGUCAUAACUCUGCCACUUGUGAGAAGCGGAAGCAAAAGGGUGACAAAUUGAAGGUGCGGAGAAAAAAGAACAGUCCAAAUAUAGAAGUUACAAUGGAAUCACAAAUUGAGAGCUCAAGCACUUUAAGUAAUAGUGGAGUCAUAACGGAGUCUGAGACGAAUGCUGCUCUAUCUGCUUCUGCCCAUAUGUUUGUUUCCAAGUCUGCUUUACUGCCACCAAUUCAUAAAGAUGUUAUAAGAGAGGACUUUGAAAUAUAUAUGGCCACACAAGAGUCAGGAAUCAAAGAAGUUGAGAGGCUUUCAAAGUUUGUUGGCCCUUCUAAUUGUUAUGUACAAAAAUAUGGCCUCCUAAGUAGUGUAGCGACUAUAAUAGUAACUUAGUCAUAAUAACUUAUUUUUAACUUUUACACUUGAAUGACUAUUAGAAUAUAAUUAUUUAUAUUGUAGUAACUGUUAGUCAUGUUUUUUUUUUGUGAAUAAGUUACAUUUUAGUAGUAUUUUUGAAAAAACC